AUUGAAAGCAAUAGAGUGUUUACGUACAGCGCACACAUGUAGGCCUAAAUAUCAUCAAGUUUGGGAUGGAUUUCUCGGCCCUGAUUGCCGAUUUGAGGACCAUUGCAAGUCGGUACAACAGUAAAGACACCGACCGCAAUGUAUCAACAUCUAUGUAUUGCGAAAUGUUUCGCAAGAUUUUACAGAAGGCAGAGAAUGGAGUAUCAGAAUAUGGAGACCAGAUUGUUAUACUAUGGAUGACCCUAUCUCAGCUCUGUAAUACAUACCAGACCUUGACCUCAUGUCCUGCCAGAGACAGUCUAUACCAACACAUAUUUCUAUUGUGUGCCAAAGUUGUGCUUAAUAUAAAAUGGCAGCAACUACCUGACGAUGACCAGGGAAAGGUUAAUUUUUCUCAAACCAUUGCCAAUACACAUCAACACCUUGUUAAUACUGGUUUUAAGAGGUUUGAGUUGUUGACCCCUCUGAUGGAAAAUCCAUGGACAGAUCCAAUUCUCAGUAAAAUUAUGUCUGGAGAUGAGAAAGAGGAAUCGUCUGGGAGUGAUACAGAAACAGAGGAGACAGAAAGAGAAAAAGAAAGAAAGGUGAAGGAAAGAUUGGAUGAGAUAGCUAAUUACGUCCGAAAAGAAGAUUCAUUGAUACUAAAACUACGGGUAGAGAUGUUAAUCUUAGAGAAUUGUGAGGACUUUGCUCUUAAUCUAUGCAACUGUAUAGUGAAGUAUGAACCAUUUAAAGAUGAUUUGGAUUUGAGAGAGAUGCAGUUUAAAUUACUCCACAAACUUAAUCAUAUGGACAAACUACAAGAAGAGUGUGAACAGAUUAUAUGUCAUACUGGUAUCAAGAUAAUAAACAGACUUGAACAAAAGGAAAGUAACCAACAGCUGUGUGUCAGACUUGUCCAGAUCUUUCUCGUUCAAGACUGGAUCAAUCCAGAUCGUAACUGCUGUACAAAGGAAUUAUUAAAACUUUGGAUUAGACACCAGUACAUGGCUGACAGGGAUAGAGCUAAGUUCCUGGAAAAUGUUUGGUCUAUAGCAAAAUUGUCCAGUAAAACAGAACAAAUUGGUGUCCUUGUUACUGGUUUACAAAAAGAGUGUGGUACAAAGUUACGUCAACUGUACACAGAUCUGUGUGUUUAUGCCAUUAAUUUGGACAAAGGAGGGUGUGAACAGGAGAUGAUGCAUAACAACAUGGACGGCGUAAAAGAGAAACAAAUAUCAAUGGCCGCAACUUGUGAAAAAUUGGCCAACAUUAUAGCUAUGAACAAUCUGAAAGCAGCAAAAGUUAGUGCUUUGACAGCAUUUUCCUUAAAUCCUUCUCGAUCAAACAUGUAUCUAGUGGAAAAAAUGUAUGUGAAUAAAACAUUAAACCAAGCUUCAACUAAACGACAAGAAAAAAUGAACAAAGGAAAGGACAGAAGAAUAACUCAUGAUGGAGAAGUAAAUCUGGCAACACUGUAUGAAGUAGAACGUAUAUUGAACAUGUUUAGACCAUACUACUUAAACCCAGAUUUGUCAUGGUCAGAACUGUUUCCUGUUUGUCAAAAAUUCAUGUUGGAAAAAGGGACAAACAGUUCCAAAGAAACACAAAAGUCUUUAAAGGAGAAAAUGUCUGAUUCUGUUAAAGAUGGACUGAUGCAAUAUUAUUGUGAUGAUACUACACAGUUUACACCAUAUAAACAGGCAGCUAAGGCACCCACUGGUAAUUCACCGCCAAAAUCACCAUGGACUUCUACUGCCACUCAAAGCAAACCUGCUCUUAGCAGAGACUCUAAAUUGAUUCCAUAUGCAAAACUUAAAACUAUGUCUAUUGAAGGAAGUCCAGUUGACAUGACAAAGUCUAGUCCAGAAGCUCCAAUAAAGCCAAAAGUGAAACCAGAAAAAACCAUUGACCUUGCCAAACUUCUGGAAGCAACCAAAAAUAUGCCUCAGAUGCAAUCACUGACUAAAACUGCAACACUAGUUUCAAAGAAGCCACCCCCUUCAACGCAUGGAAAUUUCCAAAUACCAUAUGUACCUGGACUUACUACAAAAGAAGUUGAGCGUGCUUUGGUUCAACAUCAAAAAAAUUUGAGUCGAUCAUUUUCUGUAGACCAGUUAAAAGUUCAAAAAUCAAAGGUCAGUUCUUCUGAUGUACAUCAGAAACAAGCACAACGUUCUAGAACUUUGUCUUUAGAGCGACAGAUCUCAGAACCUGGUAAGAUGUCAGCAUGGAGUUCUGCUACUGAUUUAAGCAAAACAUCAAAUCAUCGCCCAAGAAUCAUUCCAGAAAGAUCACACGAUAAAGCUUUGACAUCAUUCCAACAUUCAUUUGGGAGUAACGCUAACCAAUCUUCAUCAUCAAACAAAUCCUCUCUUCAUAAAAGCCUUCCUAGUAAGCAGCUUCAAACAUCUAAAGAAGUAACUAAUAACUCAAAAGGAACUAGUGAGAAACAAAGUGUUACAACUGCUACUCCAGCUCGAAGAAGUAGACAGCCAUCGAAAGAGGAGCUUCAAAGUAUUGUUGACUGGUUACAAAUUGGUACAGAGGAUGCAAAAAUAACUUCACAGCUUUUAUUAAAACCUUCAAAGGAGGAAAGUGUAGGAUUGGUUCCUAAAAAGAAAAAAGAAAGUUCGGCAAAAACUAGUAGUCCAGAUAAUUCUGUUCAAUACGUAGCAUUUGGAUCAAGUCCUGGUCAAGCUAUUCAAAAUACAAAACCGGGUCAGCAGUUAAAAAUCAAGCGUGAUGAUUCCAAAAACUUUGCCAGUCAGGUGAUGACAAAAGUUGGCAUACGACCAGGAAUGACUGAAGAACAAAUAAACAUUGCUAAAAUUAAAUUGAUAAUGCGUCAACAACAAGAGGAGGCAUUGAAGGAAAAACAAUUAAAGGAACAACAGAAAAAACAACAACAAGCAGUGUCUAAAGGAUUCUUGUUAAUUCCUGGCUCAGCACAUAUGGUCAUGCAAUCUAAACUGCAAGGACACAGAACUAAAUUGUUACAGGAUAAACACAAACUGAAAACAGUUCAACCUUCAAGUCCAUCACCAGUAACAACAACAACAGUCACAACCUCUAACUAUCAGCCUCAACUUCAAAAUAUUGGGUCACAUGAUGGAUACAUGUUUGUCAACCAUAUGAUCCAAUCAACAAAACAGCAAAGCAUAAAACAAACUGAUUUAUCAACACAGCCAACACUUAAUCUUGGUGCUCAACCAAUAACUAGUCAAGUUUCUACAUCUGUAUCAUCUUCUGAUGGCCAUUCAAAACCUCCAAAAUAUCGAGAGGUUGACAUUCAAAAUGCAUUACAGUCCUUAUCAAAAGUGCUAGAUAAAUCAUCCACAUUUUUAAACCAGAAUCCGACAGCCUUUAGCAAGUCUAAUAAAUCUAAAGAAGAACGACCUGCACGUCCUGCAUCAGCCAUGCCAAGUCUCAUGUCAACAACAACAAUAGUGGUAACAACACAACCAAGAUUGACAUUAGUACAAUCAUUUACAAGUUCCCAGACAUCCACAACUGUUACAUCAAAUCAAAAGCAACAGAAUGAACAAGAACAAAACUCAGCAUAUCAACUUUUAUAUCUAGGACAAAUUAAAACUGGAAAAUCAUCUGAAUUAAAUCCAGUUCAGCAAUUAAGUGGUGCUUCAACAUUAACUGUUUCUAAUCAAAUGAAUAGUGCUCCCGUGGAGAAUAUGAACUCUGUGUGUUUAGCUAGUCAAGGAAUGGCUGUUCAAUCACCUCUUGUUCAAAAUUUGAAUAAUCCGUCAGUAGUACAAAAUUUUGGUGCUUCAAACCUCUCUAUUCAAAACAUUUGUUCUCCUUCAAUUCAGACUGGCAGUACUGACAAUGUAAUGAUACAAGGACUAGGAGGUGUGUCACAGCAACCAAUGGAUGUACAGACAUUUAGUGCUGCAAAUAUGAAUUUACAACAGAUGAAUGUUCAGGGAAUGGCAGUUCAAACGAUGAAUAAUCAAAACAUAGCAAUACCAGGCAUGCAAGCUGAAACAAUGAAUACUCAGAAUAUGGUAGUACAGGAAAUACUACCUCAAGCUGUUCAGACUUUACAAGGAAGUUACACUGAGGGAUUGGCUUUUCAAACAGUGAAUACACAAAAUACAUUAGUGCAAGGAUUUGGUGCUCAGACUUUAGGGUUUCAAACAAUAAGUGAUCAGACUGACAUUCGCACAUUAGGUGGCCAUACAAACAUUCAAACUAUUAGUGCUCCAGCAUUUAGUGUUCAAGGAAUUACAAACGAUAAUAGCCUUGUACAAAUAAACCAACCUGUUGGAAUUCAAGGAUUAACUUAUCAGCCUUCGUUAGAUACAAACUCUCUAGCACUUAUGAAUCAAGGUCAAUCCUUUGUUGGUGUACCUAGUAUGCCACAAUCUUCACAAACAAUAGGCUUUACAAGUUUGCCUGAUGGUGGCAUUAGCAUGAAUAUAAAACGUGCAGUUCCAAAUACAAGUGUCACAUUUACGAAUUCUACCCGAGUUAUGUCUGCAGAAGUUUCAGCGCCAACUAACAUUUUGCCAUUAAAUAGUCCAAAUACUUCUGCAAUGAACAAUGUAAUCUUACCAGGGAACAGCUUGACACUGACUCAGACAACUGGUCAUGCACCAAUGAAUUAUAUUGGAAACAUGUUACAAGGAGGACCAAUAGCAAAUACCUCUAUUAUGGGAAAUAUUAUAUCCACUGGUCCUGCAUCAUUUAAUCUGGUUCACAACACAACAUUGCAACCAGGACAAAUUAUUCUACCAAACUCUUCCAAUAUGCAGAAUAAUACAACUCUUAGCUUAAACCAAGCAAUGACAAAUGUUCCUAACAUGAAUACACCAGUAGCGUUUGGUACACCUUCAAUUACUCCAUCAACACUCAACUUGAACCAACCAAUCCCAAUUGCUCCUGCCAUUCAAAAAACACCACCAAUAGCCUUUGGUACGCCUUCGUUUACAGCCACAGCCAUAUCUCCAAGGAUGCCAAAACAAAAUGUUACAAUACUGCCAAAAACAGAAACAACUACUAACAAUGUUGUUGUUGGUCCGUUUAGAUUUGUCCCCGACCCAUUGGUCAUGAACACAGUACCAGCGUGUUCAAGUUCACAAGGAUAUUUGCUUCCAGUCACAAAUACCAAUUCUGCACCAACCAUUCUUCAAAGUCCUGAAAGUAAUGUUGGAUCUGUUACAAUGUCUGUUGCUCAACCAAUGGACAUGAAUAUUCAGUCACCAAUAUUAGAGGCCAUGUUAAAUAGAGGAAAGGGUGCAACUGUGGAAGAUUCCAAAAACAAAAAAGCAGAAACUACUCCAGUGACGCCUAAGAAACAUAACUUUGAGAUUGUAAGACGGGUUAGUGCUAGUGAACUUGAAAGACAGACUAUAAGCACAACUUCAAGCUUGAGUUGUAUGUCUAGUAAAUCACAAAGCCUUGUAGCUAGCAGCGAGUGUAAACAAACAAAUGUUUUAAAUAUCAACAGUGUUCCACUAGAUGAAAAUUUGACGUCUCUAGAAAAUGUUGAUACUACAAUGUCUGCACAAUCUGGAAUAGAAAGUUUAAUAACAAAUACCAUGACACCUAUCUCUAAUCCAUCUGGGGUAAAUAUUGUUGAUGUUCAUAUUACCACUUUUAGUAAUAAGAAAAAAGAGAAUGAAGCACAGGAUAUUUCAAAUAGUGGUACUGCAGAAAAAACUGACAAUCAAAAUACGCUUUCAAGUCCCAAGUCCAAGAAUUCUAAGAAUGAUAAACAAGACAAAAGUGGGACUAAGAUAUUGUCAGACAAUGUUCAUGAAAACUUUUGGAAAGAUUUUAGUCGUUUUAAGGAAAGAUUGGCAAAUUGUAAAAGGUCUGUGACCUCUACUAGUACAGAGGGGCAAAACAUUUUAGAAAACAAUUCCAAAAACGGGGAUACUUGCGAAACAAAAGAUACGGAAUCACAAAAAGAUUCAGAGGACAAUAAGAAUUUAGAAGACUUGACAUAUAGAGAGCUUAUUGAUAAUAAAAUCACUAACAUACUGGGUAGUCCAGAGAAAAGUUCUGAAGAGACAUUGAAUGAACAGGAUAAUCAGAACGUAAAACCAGUUUGUGACUUGCAAGUAAAUGCUCCAGAAGCUUUUAACAUAGAACAGGUUAACAACAGUCAUGUGGAAGGGGAGAACAUUGCUUUAGCACUGGAAUAUUCCAAUACAGACAUUGGUCAGAAUAAUGAUAACACACACAAAUCUAUAGAAGACAAAACAGAGAUAAGUCAGAAUGUACUAUCUCUUCAGUGGGUUCAAAAUGUAGAAAUAACCACAAAGAUAGAGGACUCUAAGUUAGAAUCUUCGACAAGGAUGGAUGACGUAGGGGAUCAAGAUUAUAAUAGUGUGGAAGAUGAAAAUAAGAAAAAUGAAGAUAAUGAUUCAGGAUCAUAUAGAAAUACAAAUUCAGAAAAAGAUCAUGACACUGACAAACAAACCAAUGAAAUUUUACUAGAAAAAGAUCAGGAAUUUGAUGCUGAAAGUGAACUUAAUAUAAACCAAAUAUCAAAUGCAGAUUCUGACAGUGAGAAACAAUUUGGCGUAAACAUGGACCAUAUUGAAUUAUCUAAUGCCAAUCAUACAGGAUCAGCAAAAGGGGAGGAGUUUGAUGAAGUGGCACAUUCUGAUAGAAGGACUGAAGAUUUUUUUAUUUCUGUAAAUGGCAAAACAGUUACAGCUGAAAAUGUUGACACAAAAGUAAAUAAUUUAAAAUCUACAGAAAAUGUGGGAAUAUCAGAAGAAAAACAUGAUAGUGCUUAUGAGGAAGAAAGCACGGGAAUGGAAGGAGUUCAAGCUCAUUAUAAAACAAAUUUAAAGGUUACUGUGAAUAAGGAUAAAACUAAAAAGCGGUUAAUCCAACUUGUUGAUUAUUCAGAAACUUCUGAUUCUGAUGCCAAUUUUGAAAAGGUAUCGAAACCUGUGAACAUUGUGGAUUACCCAGAAUCCUCUGAUUCAGAUGCAGAAACAGAGAACCUUGAAAAAACUGUAGAUCAUCUCAAACCAAGUGAAAUUGCUGACACUUCUGUACAGAACACAGAUCAACCUUCUGAAGGAUCAGAUUUGACCUCUGAACAACAUACUGUGGAUCAUGAUACUGAACAGACACUCAAACAAAUAGCUACACUGAGUCACUCAUGCCAAGAGACCAAUGAGGAUAAAACAAAUUCUCAGGACAGUGUCCAUGGUUACAGAACCGGUAACCAAGAGGAGAUAUCUGAGAAUGCUGUUUGUCUGUCAGGGAAAGAGGAGAGUGCACAGAAAAUUGAGGAGACAGUGUUGUCAUCCCUGUCAUCAGAUAAGGUUAAUAUUCAGGACAAGAAAAUAUCUAAAUCAUCUGAACUGACAUCAAAAGAUGGAGAAAAUGUGGAAAUCAUUCAAUCAAGUGUUGAAUCAGAACUGUAUAAUGAUUGUAGCAGUAAUAGAUUUAAUACUGGUCUUGAAAAGUCAGAACAGAGUGAUACUGAAAUAAACAAAAAGAAUUCUGAAGUCACGACACCAACAAAAAAUGAUUUGGUUACAAACUAUAAGAAAUUAAUGGAUGAAAUGCUUAGUUUAUCUUCAUCUAAACAAACGUCAGAUCAGUUAUCUCCAAAUAAUGAUAAAUUUUCUAUGAACAGAAGUUUUGGUUUUGAUGAUUUAGAUAAAAAUGAGUCCCCAUCUAGACAGAAUGGUGGUCAAGAAAAGUCUAUCGAAAGUUUUAGUAUUUUUGCCGAUGACUUGAAUAAGCUACCAGAAAGUUGCACACAAAGAGACUUAACUACGAGAAGUUUACCAGAUAAUUGGGCACCAAGAUGGUCAAGACAAUUAGAGCAAUCGUUUUCUAAGGAAGGAAGAACUCUUAAACGGUCGUUUUCAGAUGUUGAUCUGUCUAAAAUUGAUGGAAAUUCUUCUGAUUUUGAAUCUCAGUCUGUGAUAUCUGAUAGGGAGUAUCAAGAAAAGAGUUUACAAGGAUUUCAGACAUCUGAUACCAGAAAGAAAAGUAGGUCCGAAAGUUUUCAGAUGUACAAAUUGAACUUUUGUGGGAAAAGUGGAAAAUACCGAUUAGCAUUGCCUCAACUACAAUCCAAUAAAGUCAGACCAAAAUCUCAAACCUCUUUACUCACUUAUAAUGAAUGGAAAAACAAUGACAAAACUGUUGAGAUUGUCACACAGCAAAUUAUUGAAUCGGUAGCCAUCAAACCGGAAAUUCCAAUUGGAACAGUGAAGGAUCGGAAACUAUUUCAAGAUAAAAGAAAUGAACCAAAAUGUCAAAUAUGUCAAAGAACAUUUGAUACCAUGAAAAGAUUACAGCUACAUGUCAAACAUCCAUGUCGAAUGGACCUUCGGAAAACUCUAGAUUGUGAAUACGUAUUUAACUGUAAUAUAUGUAAAGCUUCCUUAAAAACUGAAUUUGCUGCUAAACUUCACUGUGAAGUUUGUAAUGGGAGAAAUGUUGAUUCUGGUUAUAGUAUGAGUACUUACUUCAGAUGUAGAAUGUGUGGAGAAAAGUUUAUCUUACAAAAGAGUGCCUGUGAUCAUGUGGAUAAAUUGUGUAAAAAGUUACCGAAGCAUGGCCAUUCAAUAAAACAUUCAGAAUCUGUGAGUAAUUCAUUGACGUUGUCUAUUGAAAAACAAAGUAGUGACAUAAAUAGUGAUAAGUCUAUCACAAAGCAGAGAAAGAAAUCAGAGGAAAUAAAUCAUUCUAACGCUGUCAAACCAGAUUUACAGAAAAACAUGGAGGAUGAACCUGAUCACCUGUCAAUCAUCCCAAAUAUUGACCCCAAGGUAGGGGUCACACAGGAACUGGCAGAAAAUGAAAUGUUACAAGCUACGCAAAAAGUUCUUGAAACAAAAUCUAAGCGGCAGAAAAUUGAAUUUGAAAAAGAUGUAGACAAUGAAAGUGUAAAAAGUUUUUCGACCGAAUCAUCGUAUGUUACAAUAGAUGCCAGUGAAACGUCAUCCAUCAAGAGUGGUGAUUACAAACCCAGAGCUGUUCAGCAGAAACAUUCAGCCAGGUUGAUUAACAAAAAAAUUGGAAAAAGAAUGAUUAAAGCCAAAAAAUUCUUUGGUGAUCAGUUUGAAGUGCCAGAAUUUGUUGAGAAACAAGCAAAAAAGGUCAAUUUAAAAAGAAAAUUCAAACCAGGUUAUAGAACAAAUCUGAAUAUUUCUCCAAAACUAAGAAGAGCAUUAAAAAACAAGAAAAUUUCUAAAGUAAGAAAAACAAUUGAAGCCUUGAGAAAUAAGAAUGUCUCUAAAGUGAAAGCACAAAUGAACCUAAACUCUCGGUGGAAGAACCAAAAUAAAGUGUUAAAAGACGAUAAAGGAUUUAUAGUAACCAAAAAUAGGAAAGAACUUACUGAAAAAGUGACAAGUUACAAAAGAGAGAACUUCACAAUGGCUGACAGCAUGGAGUUAUUCAGACAAUUAACCUUUGAAAAAAAAGGUAGAAAAGUGUUUAGAUGUCCUAUCAAAAUUUGUAGAGGACCUUAUAAAACUCAUUUUUCUAUGAUGUCACAUUUUGACACACGCCAUAAUUUCUCAAUGUAUAAGAAAACAAAAAGUAAAGACUUUCAGUGCACAUAUUGCAAUUUCCGUGGUGAUAGUGAGAACAAAAUAGUUGCUCACUCAGCAAACCACUUGACAGAAAUUGUCAUGGACAAUAUAUCAAAUUGUUCUUUGAAUGUGAUAACAGUUUUAUUAUCAAUGAUUGACCAAAAAGAAAAGGAAAGCAUUAGUCAAAGUGAGGACACAGAUUCGUUAAAUAAAAAAACUGUUUCUAAAGUUACACAAGACCUCGAGGAUGAUAUUAAGCCCAGUCAGGAAAUAAGCAGAAACAAAACUUCUAUAAGAACAAGAAAAACUAGAAUUAUUGAAGAAAAUGAUGUCAAUAAGGAGAAAAUGAGAAAGGAUAAAGAAGAUACUAUCAUUAGUAAGAACUUUAAAAAGACAAUUGAGAAAUUAUCAAAGAAGGAAAUAAAAUCAGAUAACAAUACACCAGAACAGCAAUCCAUUCGUGAGCCUGUUUCCAAAAGACAACGCAGCAGACGACAGAGUGAAAAGAUAACUCCUGUUAAGGAACUGGCCAUAAAGACUGAAAAUGAUUCUUUAAAAUCAGAUGAAUUCGAUAACAAUCAGGAUUUACUUCCAUCACCUGAUUCAUCUUUUGUACGGAGAAGUUCUCGGAAGAGAACAGAUGGUUUAUCAGUGUAUAAAGAUUUCCAGCUGUCUAAUAAAAAGGCAGCAAAAUCUGUCGAAGAGGACGAUACAGGAUGUAGAAGUGAAGAAAAUCAGUCACAAGUAAUAGAUGAUGGCAAAGUACUCAACAAAUCUUUCAAUACUAGAAGUUCUAAGACACAUACUGCAGGAAAAGAUAAUAAUAGUACUAGUAAAGAUACAAAGAUAGAAGAAACAAAAGAGAAACUGAAUAAUAAAACAGUAACCUCAAGAUCUAGAAUUCAUAAUAGGAAUUCAAAUUUAAAGGAGGCAGAACAUUGUGACGUUGCUGAAAAAUCAAAUGAUAAAAAAGUGAUUAUGAACUGUAAAAACUUUGACAAAACUUCAGUUAUGAAUACAAGAAAAUCAGUGGAGAAAAAAUCUCCUUCAAAAGAAGAACCUGAAUCAGAUUGUUCAAGGUCACACAAUACAAGGAGAAGACAUUUAAGUUUAGAGUCAAAUUCAAGUAAAAUUUCUGUUUCAACUGCAGAAAAUGAGAAGUCAGAAACACCAUCUAGACGCAGUACUAGGAAAAGACAUUCAAGUCGGGAAUCAGAUUCCAGUAAAACUUCAUUUACAACAACUGAAGACGUGAAAAAAGAAGCAAUAGAAUCAUUGUCUACUCGCAGUACCAGGAAAAGGCAUUCAAGUACGGAAUCAAAUGCAAGUAAAAUGUCUAAUCAAGAUAAAAAAAUCAAGAGUGAAAAUGCUACCUCAGCUGAUAAGAAAGAUGAAAAGAAGGACCUACACACAAGUAAGAAGAAAAGUAAUUCUGAUCAACAAUUACUAGAGGCAAACAAAAAUUUAAUGGAGCCUCUGCCACGCAAACGAUUUAGUUUGGACAAUAAGGCAGAUGAAACUGAUCUUUUGAAAAGUGAUAGGCAUUUAAGAGACAGAAAAUCAGUGGAAAAUAGUAAAGAAAUGAAACAAAAAGAUAGUAACACUAACAGCAGUAAGAGGAAAGAGUUAUCUGAGACCUCUGAAGGAGGGAAGGACACUCAGAAUGCCUUCCUUGACAGUUUUAAGCAAUUUGUCGGAAUAUCAAAACCAACCUCUGUCUCAAAUUCAAUCAAAAGUCUCAAGCAAGGAAAAUCCUCUAAACUCAAAUCUCAGGCAAAUAUUCAUCUGAGGAAACAGUUGAGGAAAGUGAAAGAAGAGACAAAUAUUGUAGAACAGAAUGCUAUAGGAAAGAUGGAACUGGGUGAUCUCAUUGAAAUAAAAGAUUUCAGGAAAUCAAACAAAAAUACCUCUAAGGAUAAUAAGAAAGUAGAAGUCAUAGAUUUGACGGAAGACAUGGAAAGUAUAGAUACUAAACAACAAUCAAUGAAAGAAGCAGGUCCUUCAUCCAAUUCCAAAUUAAAUAAUUCUACCUCAACUUCUCAUAAACCAUCAUUCCUUGAUAGUUUUCUGGCACAUGUAAAUAAUGACUCCAAAACAUUUGAUGGAAGAAACUCUUCUACUAAGAGGAAAAAUGAUUCUUCAUCAAACUUAGAUGUUAAACACAUGAAGACAAGCUCGGAGAAAGCAGACAGUAAGAUACCUGAAAGCCAUAACCAUGACAACAAAGAAGUGAAAGGUUCAAAUAAACAACAUGCCAAGUCAGAGAAGGCUCCUGUUGAACAGACGAAGUCUACGAAGGAACACACCAGAUCUAAAGAUGCAGAAAAGGCAAAUUCAAAUUCUAAAUACCAACAGAAGGAAGCUUCCAAGACCAAAAAUAUUGAGGCUAAAAAAUUGAUACAAAAUUGUAACGAAAAGAACAAUGAUAAGAAGUCAGCAAUGGUUGAGCAAAAAAGUAAAAACAGUGGAGAAACACAUGCUGUAAAGGAGAAAAAUGAAAAGAAUAAGAAUUUGAAAGGAAAAAGUGACAAGAUAGAGAAGAAAAAUAAAGGAACGUUGUGUAAAUCACCAGGUGGGGAGUCUCAGUUUCAAAAUAGUUUUAUGUCGUAUAUUGGAUCAAACAGUUCAGUCAGGCGUGACAAAUUAUCACAAAAGAAAUCUCCAUUUAAAUGGGAACUAGAUGAUGAAGAACCUGACAGCAGUAAACAUUCCCAGAUAAAAACUUAUGAGAAGAAGCUGGGUCGGUACAUUGAAUCAAAAUCUAGUAAACAGCCUCAGUCUGGUGAAUGUAGUGAGUCUAAAUCUAGUUCACCCUUGGACAAAAGUACUGAAAAUUCAACCAUGGAUAAAAGUACUGAAAAUUCAACCGUGGAUGAAAGUACUGAAUCUUGUAAAAGUCUGACAGUGGACAAAAGUGCUGAAUCUAGCAAAAGUUCAAAGGUGGAUAAAAAUACUGAAUCUAGCAAAAGUUCAACGGUGGAUAAAAGUACUGAAUCUAGCAAAAGUUCAAAGGUGGAUAAAAAUACUGAAUCUAGCAAAAGUUCAACGGUGGAUAAAAGUACUGAAUCUAGCAAAAGUUCAAAGGUGGAUAAAAGAACUGAAUCUAGCAAAAGUUCAAAGGUGGAUAAAAAUACUGAAUCUAGCAAAAGUUCAAAGGUGGAUAAAAGUACUGAAUCUAGCAAAAGUUCAAAGGUGGAUAAAAGUACUGAAUCUAACAAAAGUUCAAAGGUGGAUAAAAGUACAGAAUCUAGCAAAAGUUCAAAGGUGAAUAAAAGUACUGAAUCUAGCAAAAGUGCACAUACGAAAAGCAGUGAAAAUGUGAAAUCUAAAGAAAGCAUGGAUACCAAUGCUAACAGUGAUACUCAGAUUUCUGAUAAGUCCAAAUGUGUAAAUGUUUGUACCAAUGAAAAAUCAGAGAAACAAGUUCAACACAAAUCAGAAUCUCUGUCGAAAAAACAAACUUCUAAAUCAAGUCGAAGUAGCAAGUCUUCUAAAUCUAAGGGAAACAAUAAAAACAACACAAAAUCUACUAGGAAGAAAUCUGCCAAACCUAAAUCAGAUGAGGAAUGUUUGGAUAGCAAGAGUGUAAACAAUUCUAGUGACAAGUCUUGUGGGGGCAAAAAUUCUGUAGAGGGAAAACACACAGAUACGGACUUUGAAAAACAUUUUGAGAAAUUUGUAUCUACUGCAUUAAAUACUGACAUUGAUUUGGAGGAGAGAGAAUCUCAGAAAAGUGGUAAAGAAUCUGUGAAGUUAGAUAAAGGGAAAAAAUGUACUGUAAAUAAAGGACAUGUUACUGAAUUAUCCUCAGUUAUCUCGAAAACCGGUGAAAAGAAAAUAGUUAAAAUGGAAACUAAAUCUGUGUCUUCUACUCUUGAUCGGGCUGUCGCUUCAACAAAUGAUUCUGUCAAAACUAAGCCUGCAUUUCGUGGAUUUUCAUCCAGUGCUGGACAUUUUUUGAAAAAUCGUAUAGCCAGAUACAAUUUACCAUCACCACCAAGGAAGAGAUAUUCUUCAAAGGCGCCCUUUGUUGUUCCUAAGAUUACAACAAAUAAAAAACUCAUUCCUAUUUCUGAGUUUAGUGUUUUAGACAGUCAGGAGGCUAAAGAUAAAGAAAGUUCUGACUCUAAAUCAGACACCAAAUCUUCCUCUUCCACUCAUCAUAAACUUGUCCCUGUUGAUGCUCACCGUAUAAGACAUAUGUACCAUGGUGGCAAAGUCUGGCAAAUUGGACAAGGCUCCGUAUCGUCCACACAUUUAUCAAGUCCCACAAAGCGUCAGCAGUCAAACUGUCAAAAAAACAAGGCAUCAAAUAUUGAUGAAGCAAAAAAAUCGGAAACAGUGAAGGUUAAUGACGAUGGUCAGAAAGAGGUCAAGUUACCUGACCAGGAGGAUGAGAAAGACGGUGAAAAACAUAAUCGAUGGAAAUCACAGAAAAGAUCAGCACCAACUGACGACAGUGUAGAGAGUAAACGAACGAAAAGUUCUCCGUCAUAGCAUAUUAUGAAUUAGUGCAUUGGAUUUCAUCAUCUAUUCACAUCUUUUUUUAAGCAGACAGGAAAUACUGUUUGAGCAACUUUAUCAAAAAUGUAUUGAAAAAAAUCCUGUGCCAUUUUAUGUUUCUUAGGAAUGGGUAUUAUUUAAUUCCUUGUUCAUUUUAUCCUAUAUCAUAUAUUGUUCCAAGGGGGGGCACAUUAAUGAAAAUGUGUUACCUACUCAGAGAGGCCAUUUUAUUUUUAUCCCGUCAUUGUGUUUCUGAAAGUAGUCUUAGUCUCUAAGCUGGAAAUUUUGGUUAAUUGGGUAUCAUGCAAAGUAACAGCCUUUAAUCAUAGAAGAUUAUUUAAUCAAGUUAUGAAAUUUUCAGGAAGUUUUUCAUAAGUGACGUCACAUGUGUUCAAAAUAUUAACAAGUCUAGUUUCAGUUUAUGGGUUUAAUGAAGUUUUUCAUAAGUGACGUCACAUGUGUUCAAAAUGUUAACAAGUCUAGUUUCAGUUUAUUUGGUCAUUAUGUUUAAAAAAAAAAAUUUUAUAGCAAAAACUAAAGCAUGGGCUUUUUAAAGAUUUAUUUUUGCUUUGCUGCAUAGUUUUUGUGUCUAAACUAGUAAAGUGAAAUUAAACAUUCAUAAAUUAUUUGAGCUUAAUUAUAUAUAAACAUGCCUUUUUUGUUUCAAUUCAUCAAAAUGUGUACAAUACAAUUACUUCAAUUUACAUUAAACAUUUUCCAUACAACUGAUUUUUUGUGUUUUGUGAUAUACAUAUUUUUACAACCCAUUAUACAGGUGUUUCUUUUAUACUUGCUUUGUGUCUCUGUAUUUUAUUUUUAUAGCAGAAAAGGUGGUGUAGACUUCACUUGUCUUUUGAAGCAACAUAAUAACCAUAAACUAUCUUUAAAAUAAUUAUAACAAACUUUUUUUAUAUUCAAAUAUUUUCUUUAAUAGACAACAGUAAGAUGUCAUUUUAAAAUUUAUUUGGUUAAUUUUUAAACUGAUUUUUUUUGGAAAGCAUAAAUUUUCUUUAGUUUUUCAUAUAAGCUGUAUAUUUGUAUGUCAGAAAUAAUUGGUCCCUUCAUAUUCUACUGAUGGUGGGAAAAGAAUUUUUAAUUAAAUGAAAUAUCGACAACAUCAAAAAUAUUACCAUUUGUAGAUUAGAUUUUUUUUUUAAAUCUUGUGCUACAAUUUGUGGUGAUUUUUAUAAAGCAUUGUUAACAGUGUUUUUAAAUAAAAGCAGGAUUUCAUAAUUUGCUUUGCCUUCUAUGCAUAAGUUAGAGCAGUGUUAAAGCAAAACAUUUGUAGCAUCUAACUGAAAAUAAUGGUACAUUAACAUUAUAAAAGAAAAAUCAAACACCAAAUCAUUGUAUAAAGUUUUCAGGAAUUUUGAAUGGGGAAAAGUUUUAUGUAAAUAAACAUUUAAAUGAUAAAUUAUUUAUGUACAGUAAUGCCAUUUUGUUUAAAUGAAGAAACUUGUCCAUAUUAUACAUUGUAAGUACUCAUAUAUUCAUUGAGAUUGAGUGUGUUUUAUAGUUAAUGAUUCAUGAUAGAUAAACAUGAGAUGAUACAGGGCGGAGAUAGUUAAUGAUUCAUGAUAGAUAAACAUGAGAUGAUACAGGGCAGAGAUAGCCAAUAAAUUAAUUGGUCAUCUAUUGGAAAGCUGUGAAAUUGUGUGAUAGAAUUAAACUGAACUUAAACUAGUGUAGUUUAAAAAAUUGUUAAAAUAAUUGAUUUUGCAUAAUCAUUUAAUGUCAUACCUUUUAUUUACUUGUUAUGUCUGAACUAUGUCUUUGAUGGUUGAUUAUGAAUAUUUCCCCAAAUAAACUCUUUUAAAAUAGUUUGUGUUCCUAGAGCCACAAAUUUUAUAAUUUACAAGAUUUGAUAUCUGCAGAGACUGUGUCUACGACGACUUUAUUCUCAUGAGAGAUCAUCACCAUAAACUAGGCAUUGCCCUAUUAAAUAUUGCUAUUUUUCAAUUAAUAUAAAUUUCCAAAGAAUUGUUUUCCUUCUCUUUCAGCAGCUGACCAUAAGAAUAUUUCCCUCUUAAAACAAUUUUUCUGAAAGUGUAACAUGAAGUAUUUCAACAUAUUAAAUCAAUGAAAGUGUUAAUAUUUUUUUUACAAUAUUUGUUUUUAUAGGAGGGGAGUUAAGAAGUUAUCUGUAUAUUCUUUUGAUAAUUUUAUGUUUUUUGGGAGGUAUUUUUAUAGGUAAUAUAUGUGAUGCUGGUUUCUUGUUUCCAUGAUCAUGCAUGAAUAUUUAUCUUGAUAAAAUAAUUGUUACAAUAUUAAACCUGUAUAUAUCAAAUGUAAAGAUUGAUGUUUCUUGUUGGUACGGAUGAGUUGAUGCAUCUCAUUUUAAAGUCAUUUGCAUUGGUUUAUUCAUCAUGCAAACUAAAUAAAUUUAAUAACUAA